UGGGACGAGAAAGCACUGGAAAUGGUGAUGAAUAUUAUUCACGGCUACACAGCCAAUGUUCCUGCAAACAUUAGCCUCGAGAUGCUUGCUAACAUCGCCGUCAUUGUUGACCACUUUCAAUGCCACCAGACAGUAAAGCCCUUUGCAGACACGUGGAUUUCUCGCCUCAAAGAAUCCUUUCCUACCUGUUAUGGGCAGAGCCUUGUGCUCAGACUCUACAUAUCUUGGGUAUUUUUAGAUAGCUUCGACUUUGCGGCAUUCACAGCCAUGGUUAUACGAGAAAGCAGGGGGCCCAUGCACACACUGGGCUUGCCCAUACCAAAGAGCAUCAUC